ACAAAUAGAUUUUUAGGCCUCGCCAUUUAUUUUAAAAAAUUACAUAUUUUUUUAGCACUACAUUGUAUUUUAUAAUUGGACAGAAAUCUUAUUGGCUUAUUUUAGAAUUCUAAAGUUCCUAUUACGUCAGACGAUGGAUGAGCAAUCACAAGGAAUGCAAGGGCCACCUGUUCCUCAGUUCCAACCACAGAAAGCCUUAAGACCGGAUAUGGGCUAUAAUACAUUGGCCAACUUUCGGAUAGAAAAGAAAAUUGGUCGUGGACAAUUUAGUGAAGUUUAUAGAGCAGCCUGUCUCUUGAAUGGAGUGGCAGUAGCUUUAAAAAAAGUGCAGAUAUUUGACUUAAUGGAUGCCAAAGCACGUGCUGAUUGCAUCAAAGAAAUAGAUCUCCUUAAGCAACUCAACCAUCCAAAUGUAAUUAAAUAUUAUGCAUCAUUUAUUGAAGACAAUGAACUAAAUAUAGUUUUGGAAUUAGCAGAUGCUGGUGAUCUAUCCAGAAUGAUAAAGCAUUUUAAGAAGCAGAAGAGGCUAAUUCCUGAAAGAACUGUUUGGAAGUACUUUGUCCAGCUCUGCAGCGCACUGGAGCACAUGCAUUCUCGGAGAGUCAUGCACAGAGAUAUAAAACCAGCUAAUGUAUUCAUUACCGCCACCGGGGUGGUCAAACUUGGAGACCUUGGGCUUGGCCGAUUUUUCAGUUCGAAAACCACAGCCGCACAUUCUUUAGUGGGUACACCUUAUUACAUGUCUCCAGAGCGAAUACAUGAAAAUGGAUACAACUUCAAAUCUGACAUCUGGUCUCUUGGCUGUCUUCUGUAUGAGAUGGCUGCAUUACAGAGUCCUUUCUACGGCGACAAGAUGAAUCUAUACUCUCUGUGUAAGAAGAUAGAACAGUGUGACUACCCGCCUCUUCCUUCAGAUCACUAUUCAGAGGAACUACGGCAGUUAGUUAAUGUGUGCAUCAACCCGGAUCCGGAGAAGCGACCAGACAUCACCUAUGUCUACGAUGUGGCGAAGAGGAUGCACGCGUGCACUGCAAGCAGCUAGGUGUGUGCGCCAUCAUGAAGAACAUAACCAAAUAAUUUAAAGUAUUUCUGUGCAAAUCGUACCUCCCUGUUUUCGUCCGGGUGUUAAGAUGACUAUUUCAGAGCUAAUGUGCUUUGAAUCCUUAACCAGUUUUUCAUAGAAGCUUCAUUUUGUACCAAUCUAAAGAACCUUAUUGCAAACCCCAAGUGACUUGGAAUAAUCAAAUUGCAUGUUAGGAGAAUAAAUGAAACAUGGUGGUUUUUAAUGGCAAUGCUUUUUAGAACUAUGUGGAGUUUCCUGCUGGGAAAUUGGGUUCAGAUAGAACGUCUACGUGAGGUAGCUAAGGGGCAGCCUGGCACGCAUCAGAUAGGUAGACCUGCACCGAGAAGUCUCUGAACACGUGACUUGUUUGUUUUUCAGUCAUUUAUGGACAAUGAGAUGAAUGCAGUUGUAAACUUCUGUGAUUAUUUUAUUCUUAAAAGUUUGAAGUUAUGUGUUUUAGUGUUAGCAUUGUAGCUUUCAAAUAUCAUUCUUACAGUAGAUGCAGAUAAACAGAAAUAUUGAAAAUUCUAAGCUUAUACAUUCAAAAUGCAUCUAUUAAAUGUGAAAAGAUUUGGGGACAAAAUGUGAGUCAGACACUGAAGAGUUCUUUUUGUUUUGUUUUAAUAUCUUUGAUAUCUUUUGUGCAUUAAGAUGGUAUAAAUGAAUGCAAUUAAAAAGUGGUUAAGGAUUUCUUUGGCCGGUGUGAUGAUAAUUUUUAAAGGUGCACAUUACCCAAUGCUUUUAUGUGUGUGUUUUUAUUAUUGUUUGUACAUUUGAAAAAUAUCCUUUGAAUAAUCUUUGCAGUACUAUAUUUCAGUUUCUUUAUAAAUUUAAAAACAUUUAACCCAUAAUUGUACACUAUAAUGUAAGCUUAUGUUUUUAUUCUUAGAUUUUAUUGAAGUUCUGAUUGGUCCCCUUUGGAAAAUUUUUUUUUAUAUAUAUUCUUCAAGUUACUUUCUUAUUUAUAUUGUAUGUGCAUUUUAUGCAUGAAUGUCUUGGAUCUUCUGAGAAAAUAAUACCCUUGUAAUCGAUAUUUGAUUUGCUAACAUUUUUCUGGAUUGAAAACUUUUUUUUUUAACUUUUUAGAAUUUGGGCCACCCUAUGUGCAUGUAUUUUGUCAUAUUAGAGGGGUGAAAGGACGUGUGUUGUACUGUACCUGUGAAUGUUGAUACCGUUUCAGUCCAUUUGACAAGGCUGUAAUUGUAGAAUUUGUUUGAAGACAUGUAAACUGGCCAUUACUCCAGCCAAAAAUGUUCUGAGAUGAACAUUUCUGUUCAGAAGCUUUCGAGCAAAGUACUGUAUUUGUGCAGGAAGAUGGCAGAGAUGGCCAUGCUUCACUUAGGUCAAGGCGAUGGGCAAAGAUUAGCAAAUGCUGUCGUGGAGAUUGUUUUCCCUGAGUGCCUUCGUGGUAGUGGUGACCAGUUCCAGGCAGAAUUAUGAAGCUAAAAAGCUGAGUGGCAGUCACCGUUAAAGGACGCCAUGCCACCCUAAGAGCUUAGGAUGGAUUAUCCUGCCAACAUGAAAACCUCAUAUUUGGAGAACACCUGUCUUUAGCCUACAUAACUGCUGUUUUUUAUUUUUUCAUAUUUUUUUUACACUUAAUUUGAAUACUUUUAAGUAACUUACACAGUUUAAAACUGUAUAAAGGACAAAAAGUAUAAGGUCUUCUUUUUCUCAAAGCUCAGCCAGUUAUGUAGGCCUCUGAAGGGCGUUUUAUCUUGGAAUAGGCAAAGGAAACCUGGGUGGUCUUUAUAUGAAGGCUGUAUACAUGAUUUUUUUUCCCCAGGUUGUGGUGACUUAGAACAUGUACACUGAACAGCCACAGAUUUAUCCCCAGAAGUAUGAAUGGAAUUGUUUUUGUUGACCCUUGUUGUCAUUUUCGUUUUAAUGUAAUAUGACUGAUUGAGAUGAGACGUUCUCUGGUUGGAGCAGGUACUCUUUUUCUUGAAGUCUGUAAGAAUACAUACGUAGAUCUAAAAUUCAUCAGCUUAUCCCCUCACAGUGGCUUUUAAGUAAAGAUUUAAGCUUUUCUUCUCAGUGAAUCUACCUACAGGAAGGAAAUAGCUGGGAAGACUUUAAUGAUCAGGGAAAUCCAUCAUUACUUUUGACAAAUGGAAAGUUUUUGUCUUGGAUAGAUCUUUUUAAAAUAGAAGUGUUCUUAUUUUUCCUGUUUAAGAACCACAUUUUAAUUUUGAAUAGGAUUAUUUCAAAGAAUUAUGAAAAUGAUUAGAAGUUGUAAUUUUUAUAAUCACCUAUAUGAUGUUCUUGAUAUUUCUUGUAUAAGUACAUUUUGUAUUAAUUAAGUUAAACAGUCGAAUUGAUUUGAGAAAUAAAAGGUACAUCUGAUCCUGAACCUUCGUUAGACAUUGGUACCUGUUGCCCAGGGGCAAGAGUGGGGUAACUGUUUUAUGUGCUAGGGUUUAGGAAUGGUGGAUGAAGGGUCUCCCUGUAUAAAUAUAGUGCUCAGCAAUGUGCAAUGAUUGUUAGUCUGCUAAGAUACAGCAGCCGUUUCCUGAAUGCUUUACCGUUCUACAUCC